AUGAAGGUCUCACUCGCCUUGCUCAGCUGCCUGACGGCAGCUCAGGCUCAUUUUGCCUUCCGGCCCAUCCAGCCUCCUCUGCGAGCUGAAGACGAUGAGGGACUUCUUUCCAAGCGUGAGACGGGAUUCUUCGAGCAGCUCAUUGAUCACAAUGCCCCGGAACUGGGUACCUUUCAACAGAGAUACUGGUGGAAUGCCACCUACUGGAAGGGUCCUGGCUCUCCGAUUGUCCUCUUCACCCCAGGUGAAGUCGCUGCGGAAGGGUACACCGGGUACCUGACGGACCGCGCCCUCACAGGCAACAUCGCUAAAGCAAUUGGUGGUGCUGUCGUCAUGGUUGAGCACCGCAACUGGGGCACGUCUCUGCCUUACACCCUUCAAGACACCAAGAACCUCCAGCAACACACGAUGAAGAACGCCGUGCUUGACUUUGUCAACAUCGCCCGCAACCUCGAGCUGCCCUUUGACACCAACAGCAGCAGUAACGCACCCCAAGCUCCCUGGGUUUACACUGGUGGCUCUUACUCCGGCACCUUGGCCGCCGCCAUUGCAAGGCUGGCCCCGGGAACGAUAUGGGCAUACCAUGCCAGCAGCGGGCCCGUUGAAGCGGUCUACGACUAUUGGGGCUACUUCCUCCCGAUCCAGAAGGGCAUGCCUCAGAACUGCAGCCGCGACUUUGAACGUAUGGUUGACUAUAUCGACAACGUCUUGGUUACCGGUACCGAAGACGAGGUCUUCUCUCUCAAGAAGAAGUUCGGCCUACAGGAUCUCGCCCACAACGACGACUUUGCUUCCGCUCUUGUUGGGCCUCUGGGUUACUGGCAGUCUAUCCAGCUGUACUCGGGCUACUCCCCUUUCUACGCAAUGUGCGACGCGGUCGAGGGGGCUACCGGCAACUUUACAGCCCCCAAUGAGAACGGUGUUGGCCUUCCCAAGGCACUCGACAACUAUGCUAAGUGGUGGAGCUCUGAAUACCUUCCAGGCACUUGUGCAUCCUACGGCAUUGCAGAAUGGGAGGACCCCAUGAACGUGGCUUGCUUUGACAGUUACAAUGCGACGAGCCCCAUCUACACCGACUGGACUGCUGACGACCAGUUCGGACGAACUUGGUACUGGAUGACGUGCAACGAGCCCUUUUUCUACUGGCAGACUGGGGCUCCCAAGGACCGCCCAUCCAUCGUCUCGCGCUUCGUCACUCCCGAGUACUACCAGCGCCAGUGCGAUCUCUUCUUCCCCAAGCAGGGAGAGUUUACAUACGCCUCCAACAACGGCAAGACCGCAGAGGACUUUAACAAGGAGACUAGUGGGUGGUACUUUACCAACACCACUCGUCUGGUCUGGUCGAACGGUGAAUUCGACCCAUGGCGCUCCGCCUCCGUAUCAAGCGAGCUCCGUCCCGGCGGCCCUCUCCAGUCGCGCCCCGGUGCUCCGGUGCACCUUCUCCCCGGCGGGCGCCACUGCAACGACUUGCUCGUCAAGAACGGCGAUGUCAACGCAGGCGUGGAGGCGGUCAUUACGGCUGAGAUCGCCCAGCUCAAAACUUGGGUCGACGAGUUCUACAGUGGCAAGGGGAAGUCCAAGCGCCGUGUUGCGGAGACAUCUGAUCUUAUCUAA